UCGGGGGCGGCCAGCCGCCCGGGGCGUUGGCCUGCUCCACCGACGCCGCCGACCGCACUACGACUCGACCACUCGAACGUUUUCGCUUCCGACCCGACCUCAGCGACGAAACGCGCGACACGACGCGACACCUGCCGCUGCGGCGCCAUGAAGUUCUACACGAACCUGAACAAGGGCGGCGAGCGCAUCGCCUGGGAGUUCCACCAGGUGACGCUGACGCGCGUGCCGGGCUACGGCUUCGGCAUCGCCGUGUCCGGCGGCCGCGACAACCCGCACUUCGCCAACGGAGACCCCGCCAUCGCCAUCUCGGACGUGCUGAAGGCGGGCCCCGCCGAGGGCAAGCUGCAGGUGAACGACCGCAUCAUCUCGGCGAACGGCGUGUCGCUGGAGAACGUGGAGUACGCGACGGCGGUGCAGGUGCUGCGCGACUCCGGCUCGACGGUGUCGCUGGCGGUGCGGCGGCGCGUCGUGCUGCCCGGCUGCCCGCCCCCGCCGCCGCCCCCGCCGCACGGCGCCGCGCACGCGCAGACGCUCAAGCUCUGCCUCACCAAGGCCAGCAAGAAGGACGACCUGGGUCUGGUGCUGGGCUGCAAGAUCUACGUGCGCGAGCUGGCGCGCGCCAACCGGGCAGGGGCGGGCGGCGCGGAGGCGCAGCUGCAAGAGGGCGACGUGCUGCUCAGGAUCAACAACCACAGCACGGACGGCAUGACGCUCAAGGAGGCGCGCAAGCUCAUCGACGCCAGCAAGGACAAGCUGAGCCUGGUGGUGCGCCGCGAGCCGCGCGCCGCCGCCGCCCCCGCCGCCCCCGCCGCCUGCUUCGACCACGCCGCCCUCACCAAAGAGUCUCACAGCAGUGGAAACUACCUCGACGGCCUGAGUGGUCCCAACUACUCGUCGCAAAACCUGUACGUGCAGCCCCCCACACGCCACCAUCACCACCACCAGCAGCAGCCACCUCCAGCACCGCCCCAUCAGCCCGGCUCAGUGGAGGACAAGAGCAACCUGCUGCCACGCGGUCGGUCCCGGGGACCACUGCUCGACGUCUCGCUCAGCCAGCUGGACAGGCCGGCCACCCCUGUGGGGGCGUCGACAGGGGCGGGGGUGGCCGGAGUCGAAGGCGGUGGCAGCCACGGCCGGAGCCGCAGCGGGCUGGACGAGCCUCCGCCCCCGCAGCCGCCACUGCCACACGACCUCCUCGGACCUCCCCGUCCGCCUCCUCCACGUCCUGAAGACUAUUACAGCAGUAGACGACAGUUGUACGAUGAUGAUCCACUGCUGCAGAGAUCGAAACAGCCAAUACCUGAUCCUCGGUUCAUCACAUUCCAAAAGGAAGGUUCUGUUGGCAUUCGACUGACUGGAGGCAAUGAGGUGGGAAUCUUUGUGACAGCAGUCCAGCCUGGGAGCCCCGCCUCUCUCCAAGGCCUGCAGCCUGGUGACAAGAUCCUAAAGGUGAACGAUAUGGACAUGAAGGGCAUUACGCGGGAAGAGGCUGUUCUGUUCUUGCUAAGCUUGCAGGAUCAGAUAGACCUAAUUGUACAGUACCGCAAAGACGAGUACGAGCAAAUCGUCGCAAGCCAGCGAGGAGACUCAUUCCAUAUCAAAGCUCACUUUAAUUAUGACCAACCAAAUAAAGGAGAAAUGAGUUUCCGGAAAGGUGAUGUCUUUCACGUGGUUGAUACUCUGCACAAUGGUGUUGUCGGUUCAUGGCAGGUCUUCAGAAUAGGUCGUAACAAUCAGGAAGUACAAAAAGGUAUAAUACCUAAUAAGGCACGGGCUGAAGAGCUUGCUACAGCACAGUUUAACGCUACAAAGAAAGAACUGACCGCAUCAGAGAGCAGAGGUAGUUUCUUCCGGAGGCGCCGAGGCAGUCAUCGUAGGUCUAAGUCUCUUGGAAGAGACCACUGGGAUGAUGUUGUGUUUGCCGAUAGCAUAAGCAAAUUUCCAGCUUAUGAAAGAGUCGUGCUCAGGCAUCCGGGCUUUGUGCGCCCUGUUGUUCUCUUUGGUCCAGUGGCUGAUAUUGCCCGAGAGAAACUGCUUAAAGAUUUUCCGGACAAGUUUACAUCACCUCAGCUGGACAGUAAUCUGGAAGAAAUCCCAAAGAGUCAGAAGUCAUCAGGAAUAAUUCGCUUGAGUGCCAUAAGGGAAAUAAUGGACAGAGGAAAACAUGCACUGUUGGACAUCACACCUAAUGCAGUUGACAGGCUGAAUUAUGCUCAGUUCUAUCCAAUUGUUGUCUUCCUUAGAGCAGAAUCGAAACAUGUCGUCAAAGAGCUUCGUGCAGGUCUUUCCAAGGCAGCACAUAAAAGCAGUAAAAAGUUGUUUGAACAAUGUCAAAAACUGGAGAAGGUUUGGGGACAUACAUUCACGUGCAGUGUAACUCUGACAAGUCCUGACUCGUGGUACCGGAAAGUUCGAGAACUGAUUGAAAAGCAGCAAAACUCACCUGUAUGGAUGAGUGAGAGCAAGCCCGACGAAGCCCUGUCAGAUGACUUCUUGUUCCCUAUGACGUCUCGCCUAUCCUACGCUUCCUCCCCCGAAUCCGACCUCGACCUUUCCCCAGAGCCUCACGGGAGUGGAGUGGUGACUGCAUCUCCUCCUCCUCGCCUCAUCAAGAGCUCAUCGGACCCCAGCAUUGCAACACAGGAGGACACCGGUCCUGGCUAUAGUGCUCCUCCUCCUUACUCGGCCAACAACCCGUACAAACAGGGUUAUGAUAACCACAAUGGGGUCCCUGUCCCACCUGAGCAUCACCACCAUCAUCAUCACGGGCACAAUCUCACGUCAGCUGGUAUCGGCAAACGGAGAUCUCAAGGGGGUGACAGCAAGUACGGUUUCUCCCCUACACACCUGACGACAGCAGCCAGUGAGCCUCCCGUCACUUCCUCCACUGUCGACCUCAACUAUGCCCACCACCACCAUCACCACCACCACCACCACCACCAUCAGGCGUCGAGUCCUGCCGGCUACCCUCAGCUCCGGACGAGCGACGGGAGUGGUGGAGGUGCCCUGCCUCGAUCCCCACUGGCCCACUCCCCACCUCUCCCGACCGGUGGGCCGCCCGAACUCCCACCCCGUAUCGAUCGCAGCAACAAGCCCCCUCACACUACUUUAGGCAGGUCUGCUGCCGAAAGACUCUUCGGGAAAACUAGUGACGGAGAACCCGAUUUCGCGUCUCGUAGUGAGCCUCCAAAUUACAUAAAUGCCACCCCACAUCACAGAAUUGCAGGCAGCUCAUCUCUCGAAAGGCAUAAUAUGAAGUCAAGCAGCUACGACAGUGUGUCCUCGUACGACUCCUACAGUAAUCGUCUGGGUCCUAAUGCACACGAUGACCUGAAAUGUAGUACAAACGGUGGCCCUCUGUCGCCGAGGAAUCAUGAUCCGUAUAGAUUCACGAGGUCGACAGCACAACCGAUUAAAGUUAGCAACACAGAACCAAAGCCAAAUAAACCGCCCGACUACAGUAAAUACAGACCCAGUGAUUAUAACAAACCAAUGCCCCCUCCAAAAUCAGCCAAUUACAAGCCUGUGCCACCUCCCAAGCCUAAAAACUACCGCCCUCCCCCUACUGACAAUCAGAACCACUGGACACGCACAGCAGGAGAUGGCAACUAUGACCAGCACUCGGCUCACAAGAGCGGUGAGGCCGGUCUGUCCUCAUCACCUGUGGGCAUCCUGAGGAAUGACGAUAAUGCAAACAUUCCACCAGUGGUGAAAUCUGGCACUGCCAGCAGCAGUACAUAUCAGCAUUCCAAGUCAUAUUCAACCGCUGGAAGCUUAGAUGGUGCUACCUUCACUCCACACCAGAAUGGAGCUGAAGAAACAAACGGCGGAUUCGAUUCUGGUCACGGAAGUAGUCUGGACCGGAAUUACAAUCCGUCAGUGCCCAGAACUGCAGCAGGAGCCGGAGGAGGUCAAUAUUACUACAACGUUCCUCCUUCGAGGAAUGCCCCUCCCGACAGUGUCCGUAAUCACAAUCACCACGGUCACCAUAAUCGAGAACCGAGUGGGCUAGAUCUCGCCAACAGAGAACAGAGAGGUUCGGCCUUCGAGCUGUACAAGAAACCGACAGACCCACGUGGGAACACCGUGCAGCAUUACCUCGAUAAUAAUUUAAGGGGUGAGGGGGGUGGCGAGGUGGUGGCCACAGCGAGGGGGGUGUUCUCUCACGAGGGGGGCACCCUGCACAGCCCCGAGACAGGUGUCGCUAUUGUGAUACCGCCCGGGGCCCUCCCUUGCGGGGCAAACCAAGAAAUUUACUUCAAGGUCUGCAGGGACAAUUCCGUGUUGCCUCCCUUAGAUGUGGAUAAAGGUGAAGCUUUACUAAGUCCACUAGUUAUGUGUGGGCCUCACGGUCUGAAGUUCCAAGUCCCUGUCGAACUUCGCCUUCCCCACUGGGCAUCGUCUGACCCAUCAGACCCGUGGAGUUUUGCUCUUAAAUCAGGUGAAUCUGGAGAGCAUUCGUGUCAACCCAAAGACUGGCAGAGUGUUGCACUGGACAGUAACAACACUGCAAAACACAUAGGACCCAACAGUGUGUCUGUUCUUGUAGACCAUUUCUAGAAUAUAACAGAGUUACAAAGUGUUUGUUUAGUGACUGAAUGGAUAUUCAAAAAUGAGUUAGAUAGUGACUAUGAUGAUACAAUGACUAUGUUAGAAAAAAUGCACAUGAGAUUCUUUGUUUUGUUCUUACGGGAUACCUACAUGCAACAGUCAGAUUUCAGGAAGAAAAAUCCCAGUACUGAGUCAAGCCAUAAAAAGCUAUGCUUCACUGGGGUCAGUUGCAACACCUCAGUUGUUUACAUUUAUGUCUAUUAUUUUAUGCAAUGUUACCAUUGGGGAUGAGGCUGAAUCCAGCAGGAUUUAUAUAUUGUGCUAGCGAACGCAAGUGCAGAGGAAAGUCUUUCAUUAAUUUUUUUGUUAAAUUUUGCCAUUACAUAUCAUGAGAAUCUUUAUAAUUCUUGUAUGUAACUAAACUGCCUCAUCUCCUUUCCAUAUUAUCUCUGUAGUUGAAUUUAAGUGUAUAUAUCUAUAAAUUAUCCUAAUUAAACAAGUCAUUGAUUUUUCAUGCCAUAUGCCUUGUUCUGGCACCCAGUCACAAAUAUUAUUUUCCUGUGUAUAAUAAUGAAAAUGUGUAGUUUACCAAAUGUUAGCACAGUGUAUUGAAUAUAAAUAUUGAAAACAAAACCUGAUUUUUCUAUCGAAGUAGCUAAAAUAAAGUCAAAGAAAUAUGUGUAUGUA